CAGCAGUAGCGUUACCGUCCGCUCGCCGACGGUGUAACACAGCCUAUGACCAACAACAGUAAAUUAAUAAUAACAAUACGUCUAUAUAAUAUUAUAUUAUUACAAUACGCGCCGACGACGACCACGUUCUCGUGUACCGUACUUUAUUUAUUUAUUUUUAUUUUUUUUUUGAUGUUUUACCGUACGCUUUAAACGACGACGACCGCGGUUCGGCUCGAGGGUAAUAAUAAUUUAUAAUAUUAUAUUGUUAUGAUAUAAUAGUGUCGUCGGGGAGUGUUGUUAUCGCGGUCGUUACCGUUUUUCUUCUUACGGAGUACUAUCUGUCUUCGGGGCACCACCGCACGGUGUCCGUGUGUAAAUAUUUCUGUAAUUAUUAUACGUUGCGAUAAUACGCGUUUUGUCGAGUAACAACCGAUAGGUACCUAAUAACGAUAAUAACAAUAAUAAUAACGUACUGGUUAUCAUAUAUCGAUACGAAAUGCGCGCUGUGAAUUGUUAAUAUUCGUAAUGUCGUGAUAUUACAUCAUGUCAGAAUCAGUGGCGCAGCGCGAGAAGCGGAACGCCGCAUUAUUUCCCAACACGACGACGAGUCGGCGGGCGGAGAUCAACACGUGUUCGCCGGUCGCCACCGCAUCAGCAGUGCGUCGUAGUACCAGCAGGGCAGCAGCAUCGCGGCAAUAGCCAACCGGCGACAUCACCAACAGCAGGAGCAGCGGCGGCACAGGCGUCGUCAGGCACCGGUACGGACUGGCGGCUCAUUCCGCCACGACGACCGUUCGCGUUCAGUCGUCGCCACCCUUGCCUCGCUCAACGGUACGACACUAGAGUCCUGCUGCGUUCCAUAGCUGUUAGUGUGUGUUUGAAUGGAUGCGGUGCUGGAAGGAAGCCGCCACUGAAAGUCGACCGAAGGUAUCCUAAAAUGGCGAAGACGGCCUCGCCGGAUCCGUCAGCCAGUUCUUCGGGUGACCUGCACCACAAAAAGCCCGGGCCGAAGCCAAAAUAUCAUUUGCAGUCGUCUUCAUCCACGUCGACGUCUUCGGACUCAAAACUCCCGCUGCCCCAGUGUAAGGUCAAGCGGAACUACGCAUGCGCCAAGUGCCCGUACUACACCCAAAACCCGCGCAGCUUUCUACACCAUCAAAAGAACGUACACGCCGAACGACUCAAGGUGUACGAGUGUUCUCACUGUCUGUACGCGUCUAAGCACAGCCAGAAGCUACAAAGACAUGUGCAAAUGGUACACGUGACGAAUAAACGAGGCAAAAAUAACCGCGAAGUCGAUGAAAGCGGUAGACAGCUCCUGGUGCCACCUGUCCGAAUCCGUGUGCAACGUUUCGAAAAGUUUACGGACCAGCAUCUCGCCAAGCUGGUGAUCGUGGAAGACGUAGAUGUCGACGAGGAGACUGAAGUGGUGACCAGUAUCGAGGAUGAAUCUAGUACCGAAGAACACACUGUUGGUGCCAAAGAAGAAGUCGAAGAAGAUGGCGAGCACGAAGUUGAAGCCGAAGCUGAGAACGAUGAAGACGAGCCGGACGAAGAAGAUGCCGACGGAGAAGAAGAAGAACAAGAUGACGAGGAGGAAGAUGAUGAGCCGGAAGAUGAGGCGGAUUUCAGCAAUGACGGUUCGGCAGACGCAGACGAUAACGUGCCCGCAGUCUCGUUGCUGCAAACAGUCCCGUCGACACAACUAUCCCCGGUGCCACCACCCCCAUCUCAGCAUCAGAAAAAGUCGUACAAACAGGACAAGCAUCCCGUGACACUUAUCCGGUGUUCCGUAUGCCCGUUCGGCAGCCACAGCCGGACGUUGGUUAACAGACACGAGAAGUCGGCGCAUCUGAAGAAGAAAUUCUUCCGCUGCAUGAAGUGCAACUACGUGACGCACAUGCGGGCUCGGUACACCAAGCACGUAAAGUAUCACACUAUGCCGAUGAUCAAGUGCGAAGACUGCGACUUCCGGACGCCGUACAAGUGGAACCUGGACCGGCACAACCGCAACCACAGUUCCAUAGCACCGGGCACGUACAAGUGCUCGCACUGUUCGUUCUCGGCCGAUAUCAAGCAGAGUCUCACGGUGCACGAGACGAACCACCACGUGCCCCCGGUUGGCGGCGUAUUCCCCUCAAACGGCACCAACCGCCGCCGAUAUCGGGUAGGCGCAUCCGACGCUCCUGGUUCAGCGGUCGACGGCACCGAGAUCGUCACGUACGAGACGACCAAAGAAGGCGGUAUCGUCGAGAUCAUGACCGAGACAAAGAGCACCGCGCCGACGGUGACCGCCAGCAGCGGUGGUGGCUCGAUGUCCAAGGUCACGGUGGCAAAGGUCGGAGGAACCAGCAGCACGUGCACCGUCGUGAAAAAGACAACGACCACAACGACGACCACCACCACUUCGUUGCCGCCAGCGCCAAUAAAGGUGAUUUCUGUGACUAGUCCGCCGGAGGGCGGCAACUUAAAGACCGCAGAGCAAAAGCCACGACGCAGGCCCAUGCCCCAGCUCAUACCGAUCGUCGACCAGCAACUCCACCAACAACAGCAGCGGCGAGUACCGCCGAUUAUCCGCCUGCGUCCUCCGCAGGACAACACCGUGGUUAGCGCCGCCGCGGACGACUACUACAGCCUGACGCCGGGUCAGAGUGCUCUCAGCGAUUUCGCGUCCAUCAUCGACGAUGCGGAUUGCGCGUCGGGCCCGUUCAACUCAACCGCCACCGGAUUGGCCAACAUCUCCUCUGCCGGCGGCGUCACCAUCGCCUCCGGGACCGCGGCGGACCGGCGACCGAGCAGUGGCAGCACCGGCAGUAGCAGCACCACCUCGUCGCCAAAGAGCAAGACCGCUUCGUUUUUCGACAAACUCAAAGCCAAAGUGGACGAGACCGCGGACCUGACGUGUCAGGUGUGCCGUUACGAGUCCAAGUGUCUGUCGGAGUUCAUGCGACAUCAGCAGACUCACAGCGCCGACCCCGCGGCCAACGCUGCCAUCACUGCGACCAUGGACGGCCUCAAGACCGAGGAUCAUACCGCGGUGGCGGCGCGAGAGCGGACUCCUACGCCGCUACCGCCGCCGCCGGUGACGGCCGCCGAGCUCAAGUCGACCAGGUGUCAGCGGUGUCGAAAGCGGUGCAAGACCAGUACCGAACUGCUCGUGCACUUGGCCACUUGCCGAGGAACGACCGCCGUUUCCGCCCCGGUCGCAGCCAUCGACAGCCCCCCAGACCAGUCCGCCGCGACGCCCGACGUCAAAGAAACCGUCAACGACGAAGACAACGAAACCCAACAGCAUCCGAUGGAGAACAAGAUUUUCGUGUGGAACACCGCCGCGGUGACCGCGACUCCGCAGGGCGAAGAUGACGACAACGGCGAGGACAACGAGGACGACGAACGCGAUGAACGGGAUUCCGUUAGUAUGACGAAAGUCGCGAUGCCGCCAAUUAUCGAACCACCGUCGGCGGACGGAGAACCGGACGAUGAGUCGGAAAACGACACCAACGAUACUCUCGACAAUAAUAAUCCAUCUGACCCUGACGUGUUAAAACAUCAAGAACAACUGAAGCACGCGAUCAGAAAGGAAGGGAAAAUGUACAAAACUGUGUUCAAGUGCCCACACUGCACGUUCUGGGCGGCCACCGCUUCGCGGUUCCACGUGCACAUCGUCGGCCACCUGAACCGCAAGCCGUUCGAGUGUUCGUGCUGCGCGUACCGUUCGAACUGGCGCUGGGACAUUACCAAACACAUCCGGCUCAAGUCGGCGAGGAAGAGUGGCGCCGAGGAGUCGGUGCAGGCGGCGGCCAACUCGCACCAGGGCGCCAAGGUACUGAUGACGGACGAGACGGGCCGCCGGAAUUAUAGCAAGUACAACCGUUACCUGACCGUAAUGGAAAUGGACAUAGCGGACGGCGCGGACAAGGCGGCCGGUGGCGAGUGCGAGGACGGCAAGGGUGUCCGGAAGUCGGUUGGCGGAGGCAUCGCCCGGAAGCGGCGGGCUCCCAGUUUUGUCCACGGUAACAAGUCGCCGAACAAGCAGUACCCGUCCCAGACGAGUAAGGCCGCGGCGAUAGCGGGACAGUUGAAAAGGUUCAAAGCCGCGGCGAUUCGGAACCAACAGCUGAACCAGCACAUGACGCACAACAACGGGGCGGUGUCGACGCCCAAUCCACCGUCGGCCGCCGGAGGCGACAACCGCAGCAAGACCGUUUGGAAGUGCAAAAAAUGCUUCUUCAGAGACUGUGAUCGGCUUACCGUUUUGAACCAUGUCAAGGCGCACUACAGAAGAGGAGAAUUCAGCGGCAACUCCAGUGCCACCGGAAUUAAUUCAUCGCAACACGAUGACACAGCCACUACUGCCACUGACACGGUCAACACCGCAACCAACAAUGAAUUAUAUGUUCAAACAAAAAAAUCGGCAAAUAUAAAAGAAACGUCAGAACAAAAUUCACCAACUACUGACCGCAGGAAAACAAAAACUCCCACAACCGGGACCACAUCCGACACUUUGUUGUUGUUGUCCACCAACCCUAAGUCGUUAAUGCUUUAUGAUGACGAAAACUUUCUGUCUUGUCCGCUCUGUGACGUGACAGCUCCUAGCCCGGGCCAAUUGAAAGAACAUAUGCAGAGCACCCAUAUCCCGGAAGAAACUAAGUAUAGGUGUGAGUACUGUCCGUUUUGGUCAGAAGAAAAAAAAGCUAUGCUAGAUCACAUGAUGUUUGCGCACGAAAUGGACGAUGGUAGUGUCAAUACUGAUGUUAAUGCUACCGAUGCAAAUUACGGGACGGAGCAACGAGACGAAUCAGCUUCAAAUUCAAUAAACUAUUAUGACGAGGAGGAAAUGCAAGCAAUCGAUGAAAACGGCAGUGACGACGCGACAGCUAAUACAAUUUUUGACAACGGUAGUGAUGACACGAACGCCACAACUAAUAUGGAAGUGUUAUUCGAUACCAGUGACGAAAAUAUCGUCGUGGUCGAGACGGUAGAGUGUAAACCUGAUUUUGUUGAUAAUGGUAGAGGAUCAACAAUUGAAACAUCAUCGACACCGAGCAAGAGCUCUGAGAAAAGCAAUUAUAGUAAUACUGCUGCUGAUGAAAAAAUAAACGACAGUAUGAUUAGUGGCGAUUACGAUGGAGUUGAAGAACGGGAUGAAGACGAGCAAGUGGAGGAUGAGGAAAUAAUAGUUACAGCAGAAGAAGUAACUGAACCUACAUCAGUUAAUACCAUCAAAGCCACUCUCACACCUAUUGCGUCAGCAGCAUCGAAAGGAGGUGCCAUAACUAUAUCCGGCAAAGAAAUUGAAGUGUUUGAAUGCAACGAAUGUUGGUACUAUUCGACCAAUAAAAGAGACUUACUAGCGCAUAAACAGCUCCACGUCGAUCGAGGUGCGCUAUUUCAUUGUACAGAAUGCGUGUUCAACGUCACUAAAUCAGCUAUUUUGUACCAUCAUUAUCGACACGGACACGUGAUCGAAGAACCAGAGCUUCGAUUUCCAGAAGAUUCCAUUGUUGGAGCUGGGCAAAGAGACAUGAAUGCAAAAAAUUCCAAAAACAAAUUAGAUAAUAAAACAACUAAUCCAACGGAUGUGGAUGAAACUACCGGUCCGGCUAUGGUAUGGCAUUAUAGUAAAGAAAACAUCCCACCUUUUACGAAAGUAUUUAAGUGUCGGUACUGCCCUCACACUAAUCGCCGGAGACACAACACGGUUGAUCACGAACGGAUGCACUCAGAUCAUCCAGAACAUCAGCAUCACAGACAAAUGCAACAGCGUUUAUCAGGUUGUUCAGUUCCACCAUCUCCCUUACAUCCGUGCAAACGAUGUACUUAUGUGUGCAACAACGCGGGUGUCUUGGCAUCACAUGUCAAGGUACACUCAACGAGUUAUCGCUGCACAACAGUGGGCUUUUACGAUAUUAGCACCGUAGACUCUAGUCAGAUGCGGGCUCUUGAAUACGUAAUGGAGCUAGAACGAAGCUUAAUGUUAGACAAGAACACUGCCAUUAACAGUGGUUUAUCACUUUCCGGCAAUGAAGUAUUAUCCGAUUCGUCCAGUGAUAAUGAAAGCCCUGAAGACAUUACAAAGUACACAGAAAUUGAUGAACCUGAGCUUAAAUUCUGUCCGUAUUGCCCGGCUCGAUACUUUUUCCGUGGUGACCUCCAAUUCCACAUCCGGUUCCACAAGUUCCGAGGUUGGAAAAAUUCGUGCGACUCUUGUUCAUUUGUAGCUCGAGCCAGAAGCCACGUAGAAGAGCACGAGGCCGUGCACAGUGAUGAAUAUGAACAGCGUACUACCGAACUGCUCGCUUCAGGAUAUCCAGUUAACCCUAAAUAUCCACGACCUUCCGAGUACCCAGCAUCGGUGAGUGACGACCUACCUCAGCUUCAAAGACGACCAGGGUCUCCGCCCCAAUUACUAAAUUACAAACAUUCAAAAACACACUCAACCGAGCCUGACAGCCAACGUCAAAGGCGAACAAAACGUGUGCGCAAUUCCGAGCCCAACGUCGCUACUAUUGAGCAACCGCCGUCCACCGAUGACAACGGUAAACGACGACGUCGUUCUAUGACAGUUGGCGUUGGUAUGAAAUCCGCUAAUGCAAAGCCACCACCACCAGCAUUACUACCCGUAUCUAAAACCACCAGUUCAAAGUCACCGCCGCCACCAUUGCUACCAGUGCCCAAGGCCACGGUGGCUACUGAAAUAAAAUCUACCAGUAGUGCCGCUGUUCAACCCGAUGAUCAUGAGUCCACCACUGAUGCCACCGUUAAGUCAGUGAAGCCUACCAAACCAAGUUACAUACGGCAGUUUAUGUGUACCAUGUGUCCCGGUAAAUUUUUCAAAUCUACAGCUUUGCAGUACCACAAAACGUUACAUGGUGGCCCGGGGCGUCACCGAUGCAGGUGUUGUGAUUACGCGGUGAGCACUUAUGGUAAUUUGGUUCGGCAUGAAGCCGUACACCGAGACCUGCCUGCCAGAGAAAAAGUUAAAACUAAGACAUCGAAGAAAUUGAAAGCUUUGAAAAAAUUGAAAGCUAAAGGUAAAAAAAUUCCGUUGCCUGUGAAUUUAUCAACGCCAACAUCAGAUUCGCAGGCGCAACCAUCAGACGCAACUGAUGACGAAGACUUUCAGAUCGAUCCCGAGUUCGGAUCUAUCAUGUUAGGCAACCCGUCUUUCUAUUAUCCGACCACUGUAAAAAAUGGUGUUAUCCGAUCCAAGCGAUACAAAUGCCCAAAAUGUCCAUCAGCUUUCGACAAGCGUGACCAGUACGCCGUACAUCUGACCUUGCACGGGGCUCAGGAUAAGUACCAAUGUGAUAAAUGUGACUACGCGGUGCGAUACACGGCCAAUUACGUGCAACACCAACGGAAGCACGCGCGAGAUGCCGAGAUCCGAAAGAACCACGAACAGGCGGCCGACAGAGCGAAAAUGAUCAAGGAACAGGAAGAAGCUGCCAACGUUCAACGGAUCCGUAAGCGACCGACCGCAGAAGAACGGAAGCCACAGCGUGCGACCAAACUGGUGCUACCACCUGUGAUUAAACUACAGCCACGGGACACGACUUUCACAAACGAGAUAUCGGACCAGCAGACUGCAUAUGAGCUGAACGCCGCCUAUGGGGCCACCGGAAACUUGGUCGGCGAGACGAUCACGUCCCUGUUCCGGUGCGCACACUGUCCGUUCGAGUGCGACAUCCGAUCACAGCUGGACCGUCACACCACGCACCACUUCGCGGCUGUGAACUCGUCGGGAGCUGCGUCUAAACGGUCAUGGAAGCGGUCGUGCAGAUUCUGCACAUAUCGCACUCAUGGCGAAGUCGACCUGGCCGAGCACACCCGCGUUCACUUCUUAAGAUCGACCGGUGAACCAGUAUCCAAUAACGAAGAAUACUCGACUGACGAAACUGCCACUGUAUCCACGGAUGUUGAUGAUCACGUCGAAUUCCACGGCAAGCGUGUUGUGUACAGCCAGCGAAAGCACAGUAACAACGACCCAGUCGCUGUGACAGAAAACCUAGACGAAAAAGACAUCGAACCGUUUUUCGUGUUUAAAGACUGUGGUGACGUCCGUUACCGUACCAGCGAGCCCGUGAUCGGCAAGACGGCCGCUGCCAUCGUUAGAUCCCGUAAAAGGUUCAGUCCCGACUUUCCAGCGCCGCAGAUGGCCAUCGAUUACAACGACAACCGUACCGGAGACGCCCCUAAACCACCAUCGGCUGCAUUCGUGCGAUUCUUCGACAACGGCACCCGGCUCGAGUUCCUGGACGAUGAUCCCGUCGAGCCACCCGCAGGCAAAAGAAGAAGGAGUAAAAAGUAGUGGCAGGGCCCGUUAAUCGUCUAAACCAAUUAAUAAUCCUUCGUUUAGUGUCCACUCGGCGUUCGUUUUUCGUACGUCACUAGAAAAUAUUUUCGUUUUUUAGGGCACAAAAUCCUAUAAUAUAACCAUACGUCGUCUAUUGUGAUUGACACGUUUUACGUUCUAUACUAGUAUUGUGUAGAUUAUAAUUUUUAGUUUUACCUUUUUAUUUUACUUUGUUUACUCUUAUGACCACGUUUUUUUCUAUUGGACCCACUUUUAUUAACCUAACUCAGAUUAUUACUUAUAAUUUUUGAUGUAAAAUAUAUUUUUUUAUGUAUAAAUUAGACAUUGUGGUGUAUCUUUACGUUGUCCCUGUGUUUGAGUUUCUAUUUACACCCAUUGGAUUUCAUUACUACGUUCUGCCCCUCCCCCACCAAUUUAUUUAUUAUUAUAUUCUAAUUGUAUAUAUUAUUGAAUUUAACUUUUCAUUUUUAUUAUAGUUUUAACUAGUAUAAUUUUUAAGUAGUAAUGUAUCGUUGUUAUAUAAUAUUUAUCGUAGACACUUGUAUCGCGUUUGGACCAAUAUGAUAUUAAUUUAUGUCAUCAUCCUACCUAGCUCAUAAUGAGAGCAGAAAAGUCAUAGGUAUCCAAGUAGUCUUGUUAUUAUUAUUAUAUUAUAUUUUAGUGUUUAACACACAAAUCACACUAUAUAGCGACUAUAUUAUGUAUUUUUUAGGUAAUAUUAAACAUUUAAUUUUGAGUAUUUUCUUUGUUUUUUUUUCUUCACUUUAUAUUGUAUAAAUGACGAUUAUUUAGACGAUCGCCUAUGAUGUUUUGUCUAAUGCGCUGCACGUGUACCUAAACCGCAAAAGUGAUAUCGCCCACUGAAAACGCGCAUUUUAUUUAUCAUCGGUUUAUCAAACAAUUAAACUAUGUGUAUGUAUUUAUGAAAUGUAUUUAUUUUAAUUAUUUAUGUGACAACGACGAAUAAAAGGGAUUAAUGUAUUAA